CUCAUAGUAAGAGAAAGAAAUAAAAACCCUUCCUCCUCCGUUUCCAUUUCCGAGAACCCUAAGCAACAAAAAAUGUCGUCCUUCAAUUUCCUCGUCAACAAUAUGCGAACUCUCGUAGAUGCUUUUGCCACAUUGGGACUGGCGGAUCAUAAAGGUGAUGCAACAUUUUCACCGGAAAUGUUUUGCCUAAUGGCGGAUUCAAAUGUUUCCAUUCACAGCGCCAUUGGCCUUCAACUCUGGCCUCCAUUCUUCGACCAUUACUUCUGCAGAGACCUUAAAAAUUCUUGGUUCUUCUUCAGUGAAAUUUUCCCUCUUGCCCAAUAUUUGAAAGAUUUCGGUUACACUUCUUUCUCCUUCUCUAUCGGCCGUGACCCUCACCACGCCCAAAUCGAAUUCCAAGGCCCCACUAGGCUUCUUCUUGAAGUUACUUUAAGGUUGGUUUUUUGCCAUCUUCCGUUGCGCAUCCACCAAUUUGAUCUCUCUGUUUUUGUUUCCAUGGAUUCUCAACAAUUCUCCAACCUUAUUUCUCAGUAUCAUAUGUUUGAUGACGUUCAUGUUACUAUAACAAGUGAACGAGUGAUAUUCUCUUAUUCAACUAUGCAAGAGACAAUUCUUAGUCCACAGAAUGGGCAGUGCAUAAUUGGAGGUUUAAGAGCACCAGAUGAAGUUGAAUUCGUAAUAACUUUAGGUCCACAGGAAGUUUUCAACCAUAUAGCAAGUCAAACGAAGAGGGUAUGGUUUUUUAAGCAAUGUAAUUCUAAUAGAGGUUUAAUUACGGCCCCUCUUGGAUUGAAUGCUCGACUUGUUGCUUUUUUUUGUGAUGUCUUUGCCAAUUAUCGACGAUCUAAAUGACAUCCAUGUAAUGGGAUAUUAUGUCUACUUUUUCUUUUUCUUGUACACAAAUAAUGGCAUAUAUUCAUGAACUAUAAUGUUGGAGAUUGCAUAGACCAGAUUUCACAACUCAA